GGUUAUACGCCUAAAGAGCGGCAAAUCCACAAACUCUUGACCACGUCUUCGGCCAAAAUCGGUCUAAUAGUGAACGAAAGGUUCGCUAAUUUGCCGCCAAAGAUAUCGCAGCCGUCGUAUCACAAUCUGAUCCGUGACCUCAAAGAGGCCAAAAGUGGCGCACAAUUGAAACAUUUAAAUCUCGACUUUGAUUGGUAUCUAAUGGUAUGCAAAGUGUUGAUCCCGAAGAACAGUGGCGGCGGCGGCAACGCCUCGAAGUCUUCAUCGGAUCCGUCGGUGACGUACGUGAACGCAGAGGAAGAGCUGUUUGACGAGUGCGCUGACGACCGGUUUGAAUACAGUGUCGCUAAACAAUGCGAUUCCGAUGUCUACGACUGGAAAGACGACGACAACCUUCUGGAACCGUUCCGCAGACUUCUCUUACUCUCGUCCGACAACUGGAAUAAAGCCAUCGAUAGACUCAACGAUGAAGCACUUCCUGUGGCACCCGAUAAGGCAUCGGUGGUGUCGAUGAACAAGACAUCAGCACAGGUGCAUCUGGACUCGUGGCACCAUGGUGGAUGUCCCAUUAAUAAAUUCAAGAUUCGGUACCGCAUGUUAGGCAACCCCAGCGCUGACUGGAUUGACAUCAACCACGGCCUCCACGACAAGCAAAUUGAGUUAAAUAGACUUAAUAUGAACUCCAGAUAUCAGCUCCAGAUCACUGCCAAUAACGAGGUCGGCUUCACAGAGGCCGAAUACACGUUCUCAACGCAUCCGGAGAGCCAUGAGCUGAACCCUCGAGCGGCGUCGGGCCACACGAUCCGAGGCGUGGCCAACAAGUCGGCCAACCAUACCAUCAACGAGUAUUCGCUGGUGAUUCCGGUGGCCAUCACUCUACUGGUGAUUGUCAUACUUCUGGUGAUUGUGGCGCUAGUCUUACGCAAGAGUUCGGGCAACGGCUCGAUCUAUAGCCGAAAGCAGGACUCGUUGCAGAUGUCGCACAUGGGUUCGUGCAAAUCCGGUCGAUCCACUUAUACCAACUCGCCUUACAAUACACCGCAUACCUGUGCCAACGGCGGCGAAACGCUGCCCAAAAUGAAUGGUGAGGGCAAUGGAGGGCAACAGUUUGUGGGCCUCCGUAUGGGCGAUGAGCCCCUUUACGCCACCGUUAAGCGCACCCCUCGCGCCCCCAGAAGUGAGGCCCACAUCUACUCGUAUCCCAUACAGGGCUCGGUGUCGGAGAUGGUGCCCACGAAUAUGCAAUUGAGUGCCAACUGUGCCAAUACUUCACAACAAUUGCCCCAAACGGCGACUCUUAUUGUGACCGUCGAUGACAGGGAUCUCGAAGAGAAACUGUUGGAUGAGUUGCAACAACAGUGUCCUCUCAAUGAGCACCGGCUCUCUAUGUCUCACUGCAGAUGAACCGCACAAUCG